AUGUUGUAUCGAGUUGGUACUAGCGCAUACUAUCGAGGUGCAUUUGAUGCAGUGUUAGUCUAUGACAUGACCAAGCAUCAGAUGGCUCGGUGGCUUAAGGAACUAAAGGGACAUGCCGAUAAGAACAUUUAUAUCAUGAGCAAGAAGUCCCUCAGUGCCAUCGGUGGAGCAGACCAUGCGGAAACGACAUCUCUCAAGGGUACUAAGAUCCUUGCUCCUGGCCAGGAAUCAGAUUCCGGUGGGAGAAAAGCUGGUUGUUGCUUGCCAUAG